UUACUCAUCAACGCGGACCCAAAGUCGCCCAAAGGUGGAACCUGUGUCGACCAACUCGACAAAGACUAAUGUUACCUCCUACAGACGUCAUCACCGCUCUGACGAGCUAGAUAUCUUCCUCCGGAGGGACCUCACACUCUACCCUAUCCUCCGUCAAGGCUUUGUCAGCUAGAAUGUCCCCCGUUCGCGAGCUUAACCUCGUCGACAUCGGGCUCGUCUCGAUCCUCAUCUACCUCCUCAUCGCCCUCAUCCGACCUGCAUUACGACCACGUACCUCAACACCAGCACAACGUCCAUCAACGGAUUAUCAAGCUAUUCCGAAGAAACACCCUCAAUGCCUUGUCUACAAGAAGUUUACCCCGAGAGAGCUGGCGAAGUAUGAUGGGAAGCGAAAGGAUGGGGAAGGAAGACUGCUGCUAGCGAUCCAGAGGAGGAUGAAAGCCAAGGACGAAAAGGAGGAGAGGGGGUGGAGGGAGGUCAGAUUGGAGAGGACUGUAUUCGAUGUUACAUCCGGAGCUGGGUUUUACGGCCCAGACGGCCCAUACGGCAAUUUCGCAGGACGAGACGCCUCCCGAGGGAUGGCCAAACAAUCUUUCGACGAGGACAUGCUCACGCCGCUGGACCAGCCGCUGGAUACGCUAGACGGGUUUACUAUGGACGAGAUUGACAACAUGCAAUCCUGGCACGGACACUUUGUCAACAAGUAUAUCGUCUGCGGGGAGCUUGUCGAGGAUCCGAUGUUCGCGGCUGGAUAAGGACAGGUCGUACGCUUGAUACGAUAUCGAGCACCGUGCUCUACACAUAUCCAGAUUACGGUACAGGAGUAACGUGUUAAGAGGAUUUCCUGGUCCCCUCAUGGGACUCGCACUUCUGGCUCGACCUGGCUUGCGGGUUCCUAAGUAUGAACCAGGCUGACCUUGACGUAUCAAUCCGUAAGGAGCGGAUAGGUAUUAUCGGAGAGGAACUCAAAGAGGGUUUUCCGCCUCCUAUAAGGGAGUCGAAUUCCCGCUACUUUCAGCGUGAGACGUAGACGAUCGAGCAUAGACCAUGAUCGACCCAGAUCCGAAUUCGGCCAAGUACUAUAACCAAAGCUACCGGGGUAGAACAGAAUCCGCGACGUCCAUCUGGAUACGAGAUCGCCCUGGAUACACGCGGUGCAGAUGAGCUGCUUGCGCUGCAGGCUUAUGGUUCUGUUCGAUCAAAAAUGCGUUAUGAAUCCCGUGCCGAGC